AUGCCCUCGUGGGCCCUCUUGGUGGUCACCUCCUGCCUCCUCCUGGCCCCCCAAAACCUGGCACAAGUCACCAGCCAAGAUGCCUCCUUUCUGGCCUUGGAUUCAGAGCCCCUGAACUGUUUCUCUCGAACAUUUGAGGACCUCACUUGCUUCUGGGAUGAGGAAGAAGCAGCGCCCAAUGGAACAUACCAGCUGCUGUAUGCGUACCCAGGGGAGAAGCCCCGUGCCUGCCCCCUGAGUUACAAGAGCGUGCCCCCCUUUGGGACCCGAUAUGUGUGUCAGUUUCCAGCCCAGGAUGAAGUUCGCCUCUUCUUUCCACUGCACCUCUGGGUGAAGAACAUGUUUCUGAAUCAGACUCUGACCCAGCGGGUGCUCUUUGUGGAUAGUGUGGGCUUACCAGCUCCCCCAGAUAUCAUUAAGGCUUCAGGUGGGAGCCAGCCAGGGGAACUGCAGAUCAGCUGGGAGACCCCAGCUCCCGAAAUCAGUGAUUUCCUGAGGCACGAACUUCGCUACGGCCCCAAGGAUCCCAGCAACUCCAUUGGUCCCACAGUCAUGCAGCUGCUGCCCACAGAAACCUGCUGUCCAGUUCUGCAGAGACUAAACCCAGUCCCAGCUCUGCACCAGCCUCCAUGUGCUCAGCCCAUGAUGCCCCAACAGGAUGGACCAGAGCAGACUUCCCCAACUAGAGAAGCUUCAUCUCUAACAGUGAGGAGUGGAAGCUGCCUCAUCUCAGGGCUCCAGCCUGGUAAAUCCUAUUGGCUCCAGCUGCGCAGCCAACCCGAUGGGGUCUCCCUCCUUGGCUCCUGGGGAUCCUGGUCCCUCCCUGCAACUGUGGACCUGCCUGGAGAUGCAGUGGAAAUUGGACUGCAGUGCUUUACCUUGAACCUGAAGAAUGUUACCUGUCAGUGGCAGCAACAGGACCAUGCUAGCUCCCAAGGCUUCUUCUACCACAGCAGGGCACGGUGCUGCCCCAGAGACAGGGACCCCAUCUGGGAGAAGUGUGAAGAGGAGAAAUAUCCAGGAUUACAGCCCUCCCAGUUCUCCCGCUGCCACUUCAAGUCACGAAAUGACAGUGUUAUUCACAUCCUUGUGGAGGUGACCACAGCCCAGGGUGCUGUUCACAGCUACCUGGGCUCCCCUUUCUGGAUCCACAAGGCUGUGCUCAUCCCCACUCCAAACUUGCACUGGAGGGAGGUCUCCAGUGGGCAGCUGGAAUUGGAAUGGCAACACCCAUCAUCCUGGGGAGCCCAAGAGACCUGCUAUCAGCUCCGAUACACAGGAGAAGGCCAUCAAGACUGGAAGGUGCUGGAGCCGCCUCUCGGGGCCCAGGGAGAGACCUUGGAGCUGCGCCCGCGCUCGCGCUACCGCUUACAGCUGCGCGCCAGGCUCCACGGCCCCACCUACCAAGGCCCCUGGAGCGCCUGGUCCGACCCCGUGCGCGUGGAGACCACCUCCGAGAUCGCCUGGAUCUCCUUGGUGACCGCUCUGCUCGUGGUGCUGGGCCUCAGUGCCCUCCUGGGCCUGCUGCUGCUGAGGUGGCAGUUUCCUGCGCACUACAGGAGCCUGAAGCAUGCCCUGUGGCCCUCACUUCCAGACCUGCACCGGGUCCUAGGCCAGUACCUUAGGGAUACGGCAUCGCUGAGUCCGCCCAAGGCUGCAAUCUCAGAUGCCUUUGAGGAAGUGGAACCCAGCCCCCUUGAAAUUCUACCCAGGUCCUCAGAGAAGAUCUCCGUGGCCCUGUGUUCCUCCCAGACCCAGAUGGACUACCGAGGAUUGCCCCCUUCUUGCCCGGGGACCGUGCCCCUGUGUGUGUGCCCCCACAUGGCUGAGUCGGGGUCCUACUGCACCACCCACAUCGCCAACCAUUCCUACUUACCUCUGAGCGGCUGGCAGGCCCCUCUCUCCCCAUACCCCGGACAGAUCCAAACCCGCCCGACCUCUUUUCCCAACCUCCCUACCCCCAACCCCACAGCACAAACAUCUCAGACCUUACGGCCAUCCCCCUCUGUCUGUCCUCAUAGUUGGGCUCCCCGACACUGACAAUGUUUGGUACUGCUGCAGACCUAAAGCCAGGACCCCCCUCCUCACUCCAGGUUCAUUUGACUAAGCUCCUCUCACUCACCUGCUUUCUCUCUCCUCCCUAAUGCUCGACUCCUUGAAAAGAUGUCUCCGCAUCCCCACUUCCCAUUUGCUCUUCAGACGACUUCAGUUCGUUCCCCCACUUUGCUAAGGAAACUACUCAGGCAGAGUUCACGUCAAACCUUGUGAUUGCAAGGUCCAGUAGGAUCUUGUCAAUCCUCAAUUUAUUUGAUCUCUCCGUAGCAUCUGUCAUGGGGAGUACUCAUUUCUCCUUUAAAUUCUCUCCUACCUUGGCUUCCAUAGUAUCACCAUCUCUCCUGGCUCUGAGUAUACGAGUAGUUAAAAGCAUAAACUCAACAGUCAAAGCUGGGUUCAAUUCCUCUCUUACCCACUUGCUAGCUGUGUGACCUUGGGCACAUAACUUAAAGUCUUUGUGCCUUGAUUUUCUCAUCUAUAAAACAGGGAUAAUGCCAGAACCCCACAGAGUUGUGAAGAGGAUAAGUGACCUAGUGUAAGUAGAGCACAAUGCCUAGGAUGUAUGUUUAUAUCUGAAUUAUAAUUAUUCCUUCCUGUUCUCUUAUCCUGGCAUCUCUCCCACCCCUUAAUUAUUGUAGUUCCUCAAGAGUCCAUUGCCUUUCCUGUAAGCUGACGAUUGCAAAGUUCUUAUCUCCAACCCUGACUUCUACCGUACCUGUGCUGCUUUAUGCAAGUAACCAUUUAUGUGUCUGUCUCCGCCAUGAUUUAUUUGUCUUUGCCCCCCAGCACCUAGAGCAGUGCUUGGUGCAUGAUAGUAGACCUUCAAUAAAUGUUUUCUAAAUGAAGGAACUCUUUCCAGACAAUGCCACCUUAACCCCAUGCCAAGCGCCCUCAUCCUCUAGGCCAUUCAUUUGCAGCAGUAAACGUGCUUAGGCCAGGGGCGCCUGGGUGGCUCAGUCAGUUAAGUAUCUGCCUUUGGCUCAGGUUCCAAUCUCAGGGUCCUGAUCUCAGGGUCCUGGGAUGGAGCCCCGCACUGAGCCCCACACUGGGCUCCCUGCUCGGCAAGGAGUCUGUUUCUCCUUCUCCCUCUGCCCUCCCCCACUUGUGCGUGCACUCGCUCUCUCGCUCUCUCUCUCAGAUAAGUAAAUAAAAUCUUUUAAAAAAUGUGCUUAGGCCAUUCUGGUUAUGGAUUCUUCUGACUCGUUCAAAUUUGCAAAUAAAUGGUAGUUUUUAUUUGCUCCAGACAUACCCACUGUAUUAAUCAGGGUCUUGGCAGAAAUAAAUGGCACACUCAAACUGGGCAUCUUGAUGAGAUUUAAAUAAAGGGCAUAUUUAUAAAGAUAAGGCAGGAUUUAGGAAAACCGUCAAGGAAGAGUGCAGUAUCCCAGGGCUAAAAAUAGCUGGGAGCUGGUACGACCCCUAGGCACAUCAAGGGGUAAGGGGGGAUUGUGUUUACUAGAUCUGGAGAGUCACUCUAAGAGAGGGCUGCCUAGAGUGACCUUUGGUAGAGAGCCAAUCUGUGAGGACAUGGCACGGAGGGAGUCAGGCUCAGGCUCACUCUCCCUCCACCCUCUAUUCUCCUCUGUAUUAGUUUGCCAGCACUGCCGUAAUAAAGGACCACAAAGUUGGUGGUUUAAACAACAGAAAUGUACUGUCUCACAGUACUGGAGGCUAGAAGUUCAAAGCAUCAUUAGGGUUGGUUCCUAACCAGGAAGAGGAAGUGUCUGUUCAUGCCUCUCGAGAUGCUAGCUUCUAGUGGUUCCCUGACAAUCUUGGUGUUUCUUGGCUUGUAGAAGCAUCACCCCCAUCUCUGCCUUUAUCUUCACAUGGCAUUCUCUUCAUGUAUCUGUGUUCAAGCUUCCCCAUUUUAUGAGGACACCAGUUUCACUGGAUUGAAUAACCCAAAUGACCUCACCCAAAUGACCUCAUCUUCACUAAUUACAUCAGCAGUGAUCUUAUUUCCAAAUAAGGUUCCACUCUGGAGUAUUUGGGGCUUAGGAAUUCAACAUAUGAGUUUAGGGGGAGGACAAAAUUUAAUCCAUAGUAUCUUCCCAUUUAUGGAACCCAAACAGAAGCCAAAGCCCAAGGGAAUCCAUUGUAUAGGCCAUACAAAUCAGCUUCACAAGGCACAGGGCAUGGUAGAGACGGACGGAA